AUGUGCUUCACUGGGGGCCGCGCGGGCCGCCGGUUGUGCACCAUUGAUCUAGACUUUGCAAAAGCUUUUGACAAGGCUGGAGCAAACAUUUCUGCUUUGGAUUAUGAUGCCCUGACACCAUUAGAUCACAUAAAUUUUGAUAGACCUCAUCUAGUUUCUUUCACGUUUUCUCUGCCGAAGCAUGUCUAUGUAUGGGGAAGCAAUUCCAAUUAUAAUUUAGGUCAGGCUCAUCAGGGUACUCGAACAUCACCAGGAUGGCUUGAAUUUUUCCACCGUGAAGGGCAAAUUAUUACUGAUGUUGCUUUAAACAAGUUCCAUACACUUUUUUUGGCUACCAGUGGUCGGGUGUAUGCCUGUGGAAUUGGUCAUGGAGGCAGGCUGGGGUUGGAAAUCACUUCCCCAAUUGUCACCCCUCGUUCUGUAAAGGGAUUGCUUCAAAGUAAUGUCAUCAAAGUGUCAACAGGACCAGAUCACUCCAUGUUUUUAACAGAUACAGGACAGGUAUGGACAUGUGGCACAAACUCUUACCAUCAACUUGGUAUAAAUCCACCUCCUGAGUCUGUUUACACUCCAAAGCUGCUUACAUGGCAUAAAAAUCAUAAAGAUGAGGUUAUAGUAGGCAUUGGUGCUGCAAGGUAUCAUUCAGUUAUUUGGACCUCUCGAGUUCUGUAUUCUUUUGGUCUGAAUGCUGGACAGUUGGGCCAUUUCAAGAAUGAAAAUGAAAGAAGUAUAAUUAAUCCCCGGAGUGUAACAUCUAUUGUCUUGAGAGAAGAAGGAACUUUAGCUUGUGUUGGAGUAAGUGAUGGAGCAACUGUGGUUUCAACAUCCUUUGGAGAUGUAUAUGUUUUACAUCAAUAUCAAACAAGGAAGGUUGCUUCAAGGAUGCUAGGAGUUGUGAAAGUGGCUUGUACUGGUGGUCAUCUAGACUCACGCAUUGGGGCAGAUGGUCUGACAGAGAAAGGUGGAACUUCCCUCAAGAUUGCUGUGCUUGUAGGUGGUGGUGUAGGCCAUCUUUACCUGUGGACAGAGGAAACGGCCCACCUUUCACGUUGCUUGUUCACAAUUAAUCGUAAAAUAAAUCUGAUAGAUUUCUGCUUAAAUGUGCAUUCUCUUAACCUUGUAAGUGAUGAAGGGGAGGCAUUUUCUGCCAUUGUAUUACCACAACGUGAACGCAAAGCCACCGACAAAGUUCUUGGGAAGCCUUGGGGUCCUUCAGGAAAAUUCAAUGAGUUUGUAGAUCGAAGCUCAUGUAUUGUGCUGCGCCUCACUCGUAUUGUUGCACUUCAUCGAACGGUUGCAAUAAUGUGUGAUCCAAAGGGCCGGAAUUUUGCUGCUCUUCAAAAUGAUCCUAACAGCUUUCUUUGGGAUGUUCCACAGAUCAGUAAAAGUUCCAUGGCUGAAGACCUUGGCAAUCUGUUGAAGGAAACUGCUGAAGAAGAUUCCAUACAUGAUAUCAUCCUUGAAUGUGGAGGUCGCAAGUUUCCAGCACACUCCUUCAUUCUGGCCCAUCACAGCUUGUUUUUCAGAGAACUGAUUAUAGAGAAAGAAAACAAAGAUGACACUGACUCAACUGUUCAAAUGGUGUGUGGCAGUCUUCAGGACUCAGAGAAGAAAUGCUUAGUUGUUUCAGAUAUCAGACCUGAAAUCCUAGAAGAGGUUCUCAGCUACAUUUACUCGGGAUCCUGUCAGUUAACAACACUAGGUCAAUGCCAUUUCAAAUUAUCGCCAGAUGUAGAAGUUUCAUGUAAUAGUAACGAUAUAUUUAAUGAUAAUCAUAUUGGUAAUGGAGACCUUCAGUAUUCUUUGAAUUCAGAGCAGAAUACUCAAUCUGUUUACAAAGAUGAGACAUUACAAACAAAGAAUUCCAAUAAUAAAAAGAAGAAGAAAAUUCCAAAGAAUAGUGAAGCCAAAAACAAACCGUCCAGCAUCAAGCGUCCAUUAGAAAUCAGUCGUUUCUCUGUUCAGAAAAAGCCUUUGCAGCUUUUAUGUGCAGCUGCCAAGAAAUUGCAAAUUACAACACUUAUUCAAGAAGUGGAAAAACUUGAAAUGGUUGAUGGAUGUAUUCAGCUGAAGUAUGGAUAUAGCCUAAGAGACAUAGAGUCCAACAAAGCCCCUCGAUACCAUCGAGAAAUGUUCCAAGAUUUGUGGGAUGUGAUGAUUCAGAGUAAAACUGGUGACAUAUUGGGAGCUCAUAAGUGUAUCUUGGCAGCAAGACUGGAAUAUUUUCAUUGCAUGUUUAGUGCUAGCUGGAUUGAGGCAGUGUCAUCAAAGUCCCUGAGUAUGCCUCUACCCACAAGCAUUCUGGCAAUUCUCUUGGAUUACUUGUAUGAGGAUGAUUCGUCCAAGAUCCAUUAUUGUAAAGAUGUAGAAUUCCUCUGUAAUAUUCUGGUCAUUGCUGACCAGUUUCUCAUUUCACGGCUGAGAGAAAUCUGCGAAGUAGCCAUAGUAGGAAUGUUGACAUUGAAGAAUGCAGGGGAGCUUCUAGAAUUUGCUGUUAAUUACAAUUCUGAUCAGCUAAAGGUUACAGCUAUGCAGUUCAUUUCACUGAAUCUCGCUGCUAUGCUGGAGAAUGGGUCAUUGCUGUCAGUUAGUAGUGAUGUACUGGAAGAUCUAAGUGAAUAUUACCGGCAGUUCAUCCCACGCAUGUCAUGCCGACGUCUAACACCUUUUGAACAGUCUCCUUACGCUGAUGAAUUAGAACAACUUUUAGAGGAGAAGCCAUUAACUCUUCCUGAGUCUGAUGAAGACUGGGAUGAUCUUUCUGUUGGGAAAGGCGACAAACAGCAAAGUACAACUCGCAAGAAGAAAAGGAUCCGCAGAAACAGCCAGGUGGAAUCUCGCACACGGAAAACCUCUACUUCCUCUCAGUUUUCCAUUUCCUCGUCUGACUGUGAUACCACAAAAGAUAUAGAUGAUGCUUUUGAAAUUUUAGACUUUGAUGAUUUAGAGGAACGGCAGCCAUCUGAGUUUGCUGAAAAAAGUUUUUCGCUUCAAAGGGAAAUCUCUGAAACAGAACUGAUGAUACCGCUAAGGGCAGAAACAGAAAUAAAAUCUCAAAAUCAUGAAAUUGCAGUUUCAGAUUUGAACUUAUGGCAGAAAGUUGGUAAGAAGAAAAGUACCACAUCGAAAGAAACUCCUCAGGAAUCACCUGUUAAGGAGAAUGUCUCUCUUAAGGAUACUUUAGAAAAUAAAUCAACACAGAUAGUGUCAGCACCGAAAUUGAGCAGCAACACUAAUCCUAGUAAAAGCCCUAUAGCGUCUGAAGCUCCAGAAAUUAGUUUCCCUAGUCUUGCUGAUUCUUUCACAAAGAGCUCAAAGAAUUCUUUUCAAAUUAAAAACAGUAAAAUCAACAAGUUAUCACAGAAGCAACGAAAGAAACAAGCAGCAGAGGCUGCUGCAGUAGCAUUAGCUGAUUCAGAAACCACAACUACAGCAGGGGAGGCAAAGAGGGCUAGAACUCCAUCUUCCUGCUGGGGAACAUCACCUCCUGCCUGGAGCAGUAACACCGAAGAAAAUGAGGUAUCUAGUAGCAGGAGGAAAUCACACACUUUAGCUGAUAUCAUCAAGGCUGAAGAAGCCUCUGUAAGAGCUAAGCAGGUUAGCUCCCCCAUCAACAUCGUGAAUACAAAGAAGUCUUAUGGACUGGGAGCAACAGGUGUUACUCCUACAAGAAAAGGAUGGGGUAUUGGUGAAACACCAUCUACUCAUCAGUGGAGUAAGGAUUGUGAUGAAGGGGGUGCAUGGUCUGUUGCAGCCACUUCCCCUUUGUCAAGCCCCAUUUCAAAUCUUCCAUCACCUGGAUCUAGUUUCCCACUUAGACAGGAUCCAGCCACUCCAAGUUUUUCUAAGAUCUUGCAAGAAGAGGAAACUCAUAUGGGCAAUCUCCUUAGAGAACAGUGCAAGCCCCUCUCAUUGAUACAGCUUGAAGACAAAGCCAUUGAAGAACUGAGUGCAUUUUAUGGCGCGAAUGAAUGCUUUGAAGAGAAUAUUAAAGUUACGAGAGUGAGAACUGCAGUAGCUAAUCCUACAUGGAAAAAAUCAUAGAUGUUGAUUGAAGUGAACAUCAUCCAUCAUGUAAUUAAUUGUCUAGAUGAAAAGGUUUUUGAUAGCUUUUUUAUUUUUAAAGAAAAGUAAUACACUGUAAACAUAUUGGUCUUUAUACUGGUAAUUGUUUUAAUAUGUGUGGAAAACCAUUGUCAUAUUCAUCACUAACAUGGAAAAUUACAGGAAGUAUUCAAGUAAGCAAAAGAUAUUGUAGUACUGUUUAGUCAAAAGUGCAACUUAUACUUUUUAUAUUUUUUCAAGAUCACUUGGAAGAAGUUAAUAAAUUUACUCAAUGAAAGAACUAGUAAAUUCAGCAUCUUUUAUAUUUGAAAUGAGGAAUUGAUAACCUGGUUGAAUGUAUGAUGAUAUUUCACAAGAUUAUGAGAUGUAAGGGUGAAAUGAGGGGUAUAUUUACUGAAAUGUUUGUUGUAAAGUAGAACAGAACUCAUUUAUUAUGCCGAGUCUGGUGACAAUAGAAAUAUUCUACUUGUGUAGAAAAUAUGCUUAUUUUCCCUGUUUACGUAUUAUUACAUUUGAUAUGUACUUAAGGACUGAAAUCUUUUUUAUAAAGUUUUACAAAACUCAUAACUGGUGUUGCCUUUACUUAAUGAAGCAUAAUGUGUGGGCUUGUUUAUCAGUGUUAGAUCUUUUGUUGUGGAAAAUAUGAUUAUAGAUAUUUAAUAAUAUCCAGCUCUAUAUAGUAGGAAGUAUUGGAUAUCUGUAGUAUCUAUGUUAUAUUUGUUUUAUUACUACAUAAUUUGUUUUUCAUUUAUGGUAAUUUGCAUUAUGAAAGGGUUUUUUUGGUGACAGACUUAUAUAUAAAAUUUUACGUGUGAAUUUCAGACUUAUAAUUGUAGUAAGAAAUGGCCACCAAUGAUAUAUGCCAAAUAUUUUGAAAUAAUGAAGUUCCAUUUAUUUUCACUUUUAUUAGGAAUGUGCAAGAACUACUUGUGACCAGUGAGGAAGCCGAUUGGGUGUAGACAUACUGAACUUUAGACAUUACAUUGACUUGCCCAAAACGAUAUUAGUGUAUUCUUAGUACAAUCUUUAAAAUUUAUGCCUUCAGGUUUUAUCUCUAAUCCUUUUGAAUUACAAAGAAAAGUAAAUAUCCUUGUUACCAUUUAGGGAAACACACUCACAAUAAAAUAAAAAAAACCAUGUCAUUACUUUAUGUGGAAGUGGGAGGAGCAUGAAAAUAUUUUCAUUCUUAAUUUAAAUCUAUUAAGUUUUGAUGGUGACUAUGGAAAUUAUCCCAGUACAUUACUAAUAAGUUCAUUCAGACAGGGGAUAGUUACAUAGAUUAUAUUAAGAGAAUCUGAAUAUGACACAGUUGAAACCCAUCAUGGCUCCUAAUGACAUAUUAAGAAUGAACUGUUCAGGAACACUCUCAAGUUUCUUUGCAUGUUCUAAACUCUUCAGGUAUGAUGAUACAAUUUGUUAUUGUGUGAUAUUGUAUCUGAUUUUUAUGCAUGUAUAUAAAAUGCAAAACAGUCUAAGUUUCACCUUCUUCAUAAAGUGUUGAAUAUAAAAUAGGUUUUUAUUCUUAUUUAUUCAGCAUAUUCCUGUAAGUUUUCUGAGAGACUUUAUUGCAGAAGUCGUAUUCAACUAAUUUUAUUUUGGCGUUUUGUUCUCUUCUCAAAAUACUACAGUAGACCACCGUAUUCGCGGAGGAUUGAAUAGCUAAAAUCUGCAAGUACUUGAAGCCAGUCUAAAAAUGCUUAAAACUGGCUGUUUUGAUAGUUAAAACACAAAAAAAACUAAAAUUUUUUGUACCUGAGUAUUUUGAUAGUUUUAUCACAAAAAGUGCAAUCACAAAAAUGUGAAAAGUACAAUAAUUUGUGAAUAUUUUUCACUGAAAAAUAUCACGAAUAGGUGAAUUUCCCACAAAUAAUGGGUGUAUAUGGCCCGUAGAAAACUGCAAUUAGGCGAGUCCACGAAUCGGGAAUCUGCAAAUAUAUGGAGGUGUACUGUACCAUAAAUUUGAGGAAUUCUUAAUGAGAUGAAAUAAGACAGAUAUUUAUAAUGUUUAUAAGCAAAUGAAAAAUUCUUGGUAAAGAAUUAUCUUGUAGAUUGUUUAUGAUAAGGACAAGUUGGGUCCAGGGUUGUAUAGGUUGAGGGAGUUGGGGAAAAAUAUUAACCAAGCCAUUUUCAUCCUUGAUGGUUUUGUUUUUGUUCAUGGUAUUGCCUCUGAAGUGCAGCAUAGAAUAUUGUGAAAGUAAGUAGAAGUUUCCAUUUUAUAUGAUCGUAAUAAUGGUAAUAAGAAAAUUUGUUGUUAAUGAGGUGUAAUUGUUUAGUUAAAGUCAAGUGGACCUCAGCCCUGUUGAGUAAGAAUUUGUAGUUCUUUAUUCUGAAUUGGAACUGUUCUAAUGUAGAGAUAUAUUGCUGUUUGCAGUUUAACCAUGUUUUUCAGUGUACAUCAUAGUUUUAAAAGAGCUAUGGAAUAUUUUCCCAUAUAUUCCACGUUUACUAAUUUCUUGUUUCCAUUAGUGUUACACAUUUUAAGAUGAAGCUUAGGAAAGUUUCAGUUCUGCUAUUAUAUUAUAUAUGAAAACCACUAUUUGUAAGGGCAUAAUUGUAGUCCAUUUUUCAGUUCCCAGUUUGUUACCUCAAAUUCUUGAACGGCCUUGGCAAAGAAAUUUGUUGCAUAGCAAUAACCUGCUUUGCCUCUUUCCCAUCCAGUAUUAUAUUGAACUAUGCUUCAAAUCAGUGACCAAUUAUGUAACUCGAGGUUCCUUUUCAAGAAAGUUUUCUCUUACUUAGCUUCUUACUUUUUCACACAAAGCUGCUGAAUGGAAGUUCGAUUUGAGAUUAACGUGCCAAAGUGGUGAUACGUUUUGUUAUCUUGGAAACUUUCUUCUUGUCUUCCUUUUAGGGAUAAUUCCAUGAUAUAUUUUGGUUUAUAUGUCAUGGUUUGGUCAGUUGCUAAGUUUACAGUAUCUCAAGCUUCAAGUUUGUGUCUGAAGCUAGUAAACACCAUAAAAAAGUAUGUAAAUUGUCAAAUUAAGAAUGGAUGCUGUGUUUUGACAAUAUUCCAUAAAAAAUUUACAUGUUAAUUACUGUUUCUUAGAUGUUUGAUGACACAAAGUUAUGACUAUCCAGCCUUGUAAGCUACUUCUUUAGAGUAACCUUGUUACCUCUUGGUGAUACCUUGCAUACUUAAUAUUUUGCAUCUGUAGAACAUUUUUUUUUUUUUUUGAACGGCAUAAGUUUUUUCUAUUAAAGGUCAUAGUCACAAUUUUAUUAAAAGUGCCAUAAAAUUAAUUCUAAAUGCUUUUACAGUACUUUGCUCAUAUUUUCAUAAAUUAUAGAUGACAAUCUAAGACUCAGUACAGGCAGUCCCUGGUUUAUGACGGUUCCGGUUGAUGACGUUCCGAGGUUACAGCGCUUUCCAAUUAUAUUUAUCUGAAAUUAUUUCCUGAUUUAAGACGCAUGUUCCAGGGUUAUAAUGCUUAUAAUGCCAAUCCAAUGGAAAAAUUAACCCAAGGCAAAAUAAUCAAUAUUUGAUUUUUUUUUUUUUUUUUUAUGAAAAAUGCAUUUUACAUACGCAGUUUUCAAUACACCCAAACAUUAAAAGUAUGGUUUUCUUGGGAUUUUUGACGAUUUUCAAUUAUGUUUCUGUUUACAUAUGACAAUUUUUGGCUUAUGACGCAGUGCAAGAACGGAACCCCUGUUGUAAAUUGGCAACUGCCUGUAUUAAUUUUUUCAUACAUCAUAGAUGACAAUCUUAGUCUCGGUAUCGAUUUUAACUAGAAUAUUUGUAGAUUUAGGCCAUAAAUAACAUUCAUUUCAUAAAUAGUUAUUUUAAUUAGAACAAGCAGUUUUUUCUCUCUUAUGGCAUUAGACUUACUAAUUGGCAUUAUUUUUAUUUUCUACAUCAGUUUUGGUACUAUAUAGCUUGAACUGUUGGGCUAGAAAAUUUCAUAAGUAAUUCUAUUUUUCAUAUUUUAUGAAACUAUUUGUAUAUUGUUCCCCAGUCAGAUUUUAUAUUUAAUGAAAGUGACUGAACAGGACUUUUUUUUUUUUCAAUUGCCCUUAAGAUGACCAAACUUGAGUAAACAAGUAAUCUGGAGAUGGUACAAACCUUUCAAUGUCAUACUGAAAGGUGUGGCAUGCUAAGAUUAUUAAGUUGUUCCAAGAGAGAUACAACCAUAUUGCCUUUCAUAUAUGGAGUAUCUUCAGCGUGAGCUUUAAUGGCUGUUGAAUCCUGAUAACAAGGUAGUUAACUGGUGAAAAUGGGAUGGAGAUAGGGGUGAAUCCCUCCCCUCACACUGAUCACUUCACUCUUUCUUCAGCCUCCAUUGAGAGAGGAUGCUUCUGCUGUCUUUUCCUUGUAUGCUCGCUGAAUUUUGAAUGAGUAGCUUUACUACAUUAUUCUCUUACCAUUUGCUUGUCCUGUGCUUUUUUUUGGAUAUUUCUUGCCUUUAUGCCAUUACUUCUGGUUCUGUUUUUCUUGGACAUUUAGAAAAAACAAGACCAGUACCAUUGGGGUUGUGGGUUAUGUACUUGUAGCAGCAGACACAUCAGUCUUUGGUUGGUAAAUCCUUCUUCCUGCCAGUGAGUCCAGGAAAGCAGCAAAUGACAAACUACAUAUCUGAAAUAUUCAAAUUUGGCCAGAUUUUGCAGUUAGUGAAAAGAUAUGGGAUGAACAGGUGUGUAGUUGUCCAUAGGUAACAUUGCCAGCGAAGUAACACCCCAGAAGAAACUGACAAAACCUUCCUGGCCUUCCUACCAUCUUAAAUACUGCUACCACUGAGGUGAGGUCAAAGAGGCACAUUGUGCAAAAGGGACCAUGUACAUUCCCUUCCUCGAGAAGUGGUUAAUUAUAUGAGUAGACUCACUGAUGAAAUGGUCAUCAAUCUUCAGUGUUGAAUGAGUAUGAUUGACAGACUAUGUUUACAGUGGAAACUGCAUGUUCAGUGUAAAGAUUCCAUCAGAGAGGGAGACUUUGUGUUUAUAUCAGAUUUUCAAGUACCCUUUCAUCAGGAUUCUGAAAUACUUCCGCCUUGCCUGCAAUGAGAAGGUGUUCCAGUUCAAGACUCCAUGCUUUGGACUGGUGACAGAUCCUCUGUGUUUACUUGACAUAUUCAGCUUAGUCUCAGCUUUGUCCUAUUUGAAGGAUAUUCAUUAUUUGCGUUCAGCGGUAAGAGGAUUGUAUUGGUUAGUUCCAGGUUCCUGUAGGGAAUACCUUCUGUCGGACAGGGAUUGUCUGCAAGCAUUUUGUCUUGAUCAGGAGAUAGUGAUCAACUGGCAGAGUCUCGAUCUUGUUCCUAAACAGCAUAUAAAUCAUCUGGGUAGGCUUCUGGACACAGUAGCAGUAAGAGCCUUCCUGGUGGGUUCUCAUCUGAACAGCUUCAGGGAGGUAGUAGUGCAGUUCCUGUUACAACAGGAACAACCGACUCAGUAAUGGGAAGUGGUCUUAGGUUAUUGGUUAUCAUUAGUGAAGCUUGUUCUCCAUGGUUGGAGCCAUCUUUGAUUACUUUAGUGGGAGUUUCUUGUCUCUUGCGAGAGUGUUUUUUUACAGGGCAGUUAGAGAAAUGUCCAAGUACUACUGCUGUCGUCCCUCCACAAACAUGUAUCAAGGAAAGUGGGCUAUCUUCUAUGAUUGGUUUUGUAGAAGGGGCUUCUCUCUAGUUGGAGUAUCUAUCUUGUUUAGUGGAUUACAGAUUUCUCAUCAACCAAUGCCGAGACAAAUACCUCUCAGUUUCCAGUAAAAGGCUAUAGCUCAAUCUUACUUCAGGUUUCCAAACUGAAGGGGUUGGAUCUCUUUACCUUGCAGCUUUUGAGGAUGACAAGGCAACUUGAAAUUUCUCAUAAGCAUGGAUAAAUCCACCUGGAUAGUGUGAUUCAUGCUAAUGAGAAUGUUCAAACAGUCUUGCCCAACUGCAGACUCCAGCCCCAAGAGUGAAAUGUAUUGAUAGUGUUGUGAAACAUUAUGGGCCUCCCUUCAAACAAUUGUUAUAUUCAUUGGACAGAGAUCUUACAUUAAAGAGAAUUUCUUUUAGCUUUAGCCUAUACAAAAAGGGUGGGGAACUGCAUGGUCUGUCUCACUGAUAUCUUUUUGGCACACACACUUUUAUCCUAGAGUUAGUAACUAAAACUUAGAACCCGUCAGUUCUUGACAAAGAGUUUCUUAACUCCUAGACAACAGUUUCUUUAUUUCUCUCUCUAGAGACUUGUUGGUAAACCUGGAUGAGGUGCUGAAGUGCCUAAUCUGCAUUUUUAAGCACUGUCUGAAGAGGACCCACUUUUUUAGGCCAGAGCAUUGGAGACUUCAUUAUUACAGGUAAGCACAAAAAGGUGUUGUCUUGAAAUUCCCUUUCCUUCUGGCUUUGUGAGGUUAUCAAGUGGGCCCACAGUUCCUCUCUGGAGGAAUUUGGCAUCCCUUUUUGCUCUCAAAGAGCACAAGAAAUUAGUGUCAUGGACCAUUUCCUUCCUUUCCAAACAUCUUAGUAUUUCAGGUAUAAUAAUUAUAAUGUUUGUUUAACCUCAUUCUACCUGAGGGAUGUUGCCCACAGGUCCCUGACACAUUCUCCUUGGAACUAGUGAUGGCUGCUCAAAACAUUGUGUAGUUACAAAGUCUCUUUUGGGUACUCCAUGUCUCAUAUGAGUAUGUCAGCUUGGUACAUGUCUCAUUUGAAUAUGUCAGCUUGGUACAUUCUUGCAGGAAGUGUGGAUGAAGAAUGAGUGGUUUUCUUUUCCUCUGCGUUGCCCCUUUCUCUUGUAACAAAGGGAGGAAGAAUAUGGAAGAGCUGUUUUCUGGACCAUUUAUUUAUUUAGAAUAAAGCUGCUGCUCAGGUCCAUUUUUACUUGACCAGUAGGAGCAAAUAUUUGUUAAACCUAGCUUAACCACUUUGCUUUUGUUCCUGCAGCUGAAGGAAAGAGUGAAGUGAUAAUAGAGAGGUUACACUCUCCCUCCUGCAUGUCCAUAUCAAACUGUUAACUACUUUGCUACCAAGUUUCAACAGCCAUUUCAACUCGCGUUGAAGGUUACUAUAUAUAUGGAAGGCUGUGAUUUGUAUACUUUGGAAAAAUACAAAUUGCAAAUUUUUUCUUUUUUUGCUCAAGUAAUUUUCAGUUUCCUUUUGCUACUUUUGGCAACUAAGCCUUCAACUUUACCUAUAAGCCAAGGGCAUGCUCUAAGUGUAUGCACCCACCCACCUGCAUAGUUAUGGCCAUCUUUCUUUGUACCUAAUUGUAAAGCAGUCUGAUCAUGACAAGUCAGUUUUUCAUUUAAAUGUAGCUUUGUAAAGUAGUCUAUUGUAGGUUUUUUAUAUGAGGUUAAUACUAUAAAUAAAUAAAGGUGAAUGUGAACAACAGUCAUAAUAUGAAAGUAUAUAAAAUUUUAUCAAAAAUGUUUAAAAGAAUUUCCAUUUAUAGAUGCAUAUAAGUGGUGGCAUUUUCCCCUACAUGUGUGAAUACAGUUUAGUACCAGAAUAAUGUAUAUUAAUAAUGUAAUUCUCUCGUUUUCAGGGGACUGUUCACUUUUAAAAGUGUAAGACAUAUAGUUGUAAGUGUAAUGUGAAGUCCAUUUCACAAUAAUUAUACCAGUAUUUAAUAUAUGUUUUCUAAAUAAAGUUCCUUUCAGUAAAUUA